AUGAGUAGCACUGAAGGUAUUCCAAUCCGUCGUUUGGUUGUACAUGAUCCAAAAGAUAUGCCACUUCAUUACGGUGAAACACCAGGUGGAAGCAUUUUUUCAACAACACCAGGAGGCAGUCGUAUUUAUUACGAUCGGGCUUUCUUACUUUCUCGUCGCGACUCACCUAUGACACGUUCGCCGCCGAAUUUGCCAUUUAUUCCGGAAGUUACCUUGAUUCCGGGGCCGGACAAGAAUGGUGAUGUUGUGGAAAAUGGUCAUAGCACAGAUAAAAAGGACCGAGCAGGAUCGUCAGUUGAUAAGUCGAACUUAUCGAAAUCUGAUCGUUCAAAAUCAGUUAAAAAAGACGGUGAUGAUCAAUUUUCGAUGGAUAUGUGA